AUCGGUUAUAGGUUUUCCUGAUAUUGAUAUAACAAGCGUUAAGUACCAACACAACAAUGGUAGAGAAGGGGCCAUGUGUUCCGUUCUUUUCAAUAUAAAAUAUAAAUUUUUUGAUAUGGAAAACAACGCAGUUCACAGUGUUUUUGAUUUGACACCUAGAAUAAUAACAAGUGCCACACUAUUCUUUUUCUGACAUUGACAGAACAAGCAGAACUGUCAAAACGAAAAGAAAAGAAGGCAAAGGAAAAAAGUUGACGGCUUAUGUGUUUAACUUAUAAUUUUGAAAAAUCCAUGCUUCAAUAGUGUUUUGCUGAACUUCCUAAAUAAGUAUGGAACCCGAAGAAGAUGAUAUGAUCGUGGUUAUCAUCAAAGAUGAUGACGAAGAGGAGUCUUCAAGUAGUGUUCCUAUUCCCGCCUCAAUUUCUAUCAAAGAGGAAGUCGUCGAUGAGACGGAAAAUGCUACUUUAGUUGAAGAACUUUUAGAAACAGCAGCUAAGCAUGGCACACACAUGGAUAUAGCAAAGUUAAAUUUUGAAAUGAAAGAGGAGCCAUGUGACUAUGAAUAUCUGGAGGAGGAUGAAGAAUUAACAGCUCCAACCACUUGCGAUUCUGAUGAAGAGUUUGUACCUGAUGCAGCAGAAAGUGACCUAGAUGAGAAAUAUAAUGAUAAUGAUUUUAUGGAUUCUAAACAUAAAAACAGUGUAAGAAAAGGUCGUAAUGGGCGAUUUAAGAUGCUUUCACCAUCUAGGCAAGUAUCCUUUGUGCAGAAGCUAAGAGAUGAACACCCUGAGUAUGAAUUUCAGGACAACUUACUGGUAGAGCACAUAGCCAAGAUCAUGAAAGAGACAAAGCCAUUACCACCACCUCCGGACUUCUAUAGAGUUCAUGAUUUAAUGUUUGAAUGCACAGAGUGUUGUGCAGUGAGUGCUAAUAUACCAGCUGUUGAACGGCACUACCAAGAGAAGCAUGGACCUCGAUACCUCAUAUGUUUGGCAUGUGGAGUUGACUUUCGCAGCAAAACCAACCUCUACAAGCACGAGAAGCGCUGCAACGCCGCCGACGCGCGCUGCGUGCUGCGGGCGCGCGCGCUGGCCGUGGGCCGCAAGGGCCGCCACCGCCCCUUCCUGCCCAAGUACCCCAAGAAGCAGGACGGGUAUAAAAUCCAGCCUAUGCGGUCGUUCGGCUGCGGGCAGUGCGCGGCCGUGUUCCGCACCAAGUCGGGGCUGGCGGGGCACCUGCACCUGCACCGCGGGGAGCGCCCGCACGCCUGCGACCAGCACGCCGCUAGCACAAGCGACAUGGGCCAGCUUCGGCAUUUGCAGCCGGUGCGGUCGUUCGGCUGCGGGCAGUGCGCGGCCGUGUUCCGCACCAAGUCGGGGCUGGCGGGGCACCUGCACCUGCACCGCGGGGAGCGCCCGCACGCCUGCGACCAGUGCGGCACAAAGCUCCCCGCUCUCAGGCAGCCGGUGCGGUCGUUCGGCUGCGGGCAGUGCGCGGCCGUGUUCCGCACCAAGUCGGGGCUGGCGGGGCACCUGCACCUGCACCGCGGGGAGCGCCCGCACGCCUGCGACCAGUGCGGCGCCGCCUACACGACGAGGAGCGCACUUUAUCGCCACUACCACUCGCACACGGACGCGCGCUUCAUCUGCGACAUCUGCGACCGCCAGUUCCGCGCCAAGACCGCCCUGGUCUACCAUAUGGACACGCAUUUACCUCAAAGAAAGUUCGCGUGCACCUACGAAGGCUGCACGCGUCGGUUCGCACAGAAGUACGCGCUCACGAUACACAUGCAACGGGUUCACGAGAACCUGCCGCCGCCGUGCGCCUGUCAGAUCUGUCCUAGGAGGUUCACUCGAAUGUCUAUACUCAAGGUGCAUAUGAAGAAGGAACAUGGAAUGAUUCUGAUGACAAGGAAUAUGUUCUUCAAAAAACUACCAAAGAUGUCCGCGACACAAGUGCAGCAAGCCAAAAUAAUAUUUAACAACGGCAGCACAGAGCCGCUUCUGCAGACCAAGAAGGAGGCUGAACUAAUUGAAACUGAAGAAAGCAUAGACAAUACUGAAAACUUUUUAUAUCAAGAAGAAGACGCGGAACCAGAAAAUGAGGCCACAAACGACGAAAACAUAAUGGAGUUUGUAAAGAACUUCGUUAUCAAACAAGAAGUCGAGGAUGAUGACACACAAGAAGGAAGUAUAAUGGUCAUAGAGAACGGUCAAGUGGAAUUCAUAGACAAGAAGAAUGUAAGGAGAAAGGAGUAUGAGCAGUUGAUAGCCAACUUCAACUCUGUGGUACAAAAUGAGACACCGAGUUCUACGUCCAUGCCUAUUCUGUGAUCCUAGUCAAUGGUAAAUACUUUUUUUUAUGAGCUUAGUAAUGACUCUCAUCGCCGAUAUUCUGGGGGGUAAGUACAUACGCCGAUGUUCGUGCGUUCGUCGAUUUAGGGACUGACCCUACUGGUCAGCGCUAUUGUGAUCUAUGGACAAGGGACUGACGACUGAAAUUAAAAGACCAUUAUUAUACUCACAACUUAUGUACUUAGUAAGAGUAUACAAUGUAGGGUGAGUCUUUCAUAGAUGCACAUUCAGAAGUAUGCCACAGAGCUUUUCAUUCUAAACAAUAUAUAUGUUAUGAUGACCUUGGGAUAUUCCCGAAAAAAUAUAUCUACUCCCCAUACACAUUACACAGUGUCACGUAAACAACCAAUUUUUGUAUGGGGAAGCAUUUUUUUUUCGUUAUAUCCCAAGGUCAUUAUAACGACAGUUGUUCAGAAUGAAGAGCUCUGUAACAUACUUCCGGAUAUGCACAUGAAAGACUCACCCUGUAUGAUCGUACGAUGCAGAUAGUACCUACUGACCGCCAUCCAUCACACAGCUCAAUGAAUAAACCUACAUCGUGGUGUAUUAGGUAUAAUUACACAGGGAGGAAUUUUUAUAAGUAUAGGUACUUCCCACAAUGAAAGUUGCCCCGUCGAUAAAUCCUACUUGGCAACUUUCAUUGAGGGACCAACUUUGAAGUCGCGAAAAAAAAAACCUGUGGACGGGAAGUCAAUACGCUGACAAAAUUGCAUUGAUAAUGGUGUUAAAAAACCCUUGGUAUAAGGUAAAACUUGUCUGUGACGAUUUUAUAUUUUUAUAAGUAGGAAGUGAGAAUGAUUAGUUUACGAUAAAGAUUUCUAUUUGGGUUGUAGAUAGUGAUUUUUAAUUGUUUAAAAGGAAAUUUUAGUAGGUUAUAAAAUGAAAUAAAAAUGCCAAACGUUAUUUAUACGAAAAAGUGUUUUAUUACGCACUUAUUAUUCCAACCAAAUGUUCAUCUAUAGCAUAUUAUUAUGUGAUACACAAUCGUUACAAGAAAUCACAAAUUUAUUUUUAUAUGCUUCAUUAAACACUAAGAAAAUACAAAAAUAUUAAGCGGUGUUUCGAUAAAUAUCUAAUUGGAUACGUAUGCAAUACACGCCCUUAGAUUUAGUACAGAAAUAGAUACAGAUAGGUCAUUUCAUA